AGAUUUUCUUUGUGUUUUCCCGUUGUUUCCUUCUUUCUCUCACUUUCUUACUGUCCGUUGGGACUAAACCCAGACCCCUAAAGCCCCUCACCGCACUCACAGUCUCUCUCUCUCUCUCUUUCUCUCUCACUUAACACAUACUCUUUCUCUCACUCACUCAUUCAGUUUGUGCGUGUGUUUGAGCGUAACAUGAGCAGAGUGUGCAUUGCACACCUUCGGUUAUGAAUCCUUCAGAACCAGUUCAACUUCAACCUCAGCCUCUGCCUCAGCCCCACCGCUCCUCCUUUGCCUGUGACCGCCAUCCUGACGAGCAUUUCACUGGUUUUUGCCCCUCAUGCCUCUGCGAACGCCUUGCCGGCUUAGAUCAGUCCUCCUCCGCUCGCAAAUCCACCUCCAACUCUAUCGCCACUUCCUCCACCGCCGCCGCCGCCCUUAAGGCCAUCUUCAAGGGUUCCGGUGGCGGUCCCGACAAGUCCAACUCCUAUCGUCACAAACCCUCUUCUUCUUCAUCCUUCUUCCCCGAACUCCGCCGCACCAAGUCCUUUUCCGCCUCCAAAGGUGAGGGGUUCUCUGGCGUUGUCGAGCCCCAGAGGAAGUCCUGUGACGUUAGGGUUCGGAACACUCUCUGGACCCUUUUCAACCUCGACGACGAACGCAAGGGUUCCAAGCGGGAAGCUUGGGGUGAGGUUGAGGUUGAUACCAGAAAUUUGGGCUCUUCUUGUGUCGGAGGUCCCGUGUUCGAGUCCAAAGAAGAGGACGAGACCGAGGACGAAAUUAGGGUUUCUGAGGAACCCAAUGUGGUGGUGAACGGUGUCGAAGACAGGGUUGAGGAAAUCAUAGAGGAAGAAGAAGAACAGGAACAGGAACAACAACUACAACAGGUACAACAACAACAACAACAACUACUGCUACAAGAACCAGAAGAUUUUAAGACCAUGAAGGAUCACAUAGAUCUCGAUUCUCAGAACAAGAAGCCACCGGGAAGAGAUUUGAAGGAGAUUGCCGGAAGUUUCUGGUCGGCGGCCUCAGUGUUCAGCAAGAAAUUACAGAAAUGGAGGCGAAAGCAGAAAAUGAAAAAGCGUGACAAUGGCGGUGGCUCCGCCACAUUGCCGGUGGAGAAGCCCAUUGGGAGGCAGUACAGGGAAACACAGUCGGAGAUCGCCGAUUACGGUUUUGGCCGGCGAUCUUGCGACACGGAUCCCAGGUUCUCACUUGAUGCUGGUCGUAUCUCGUUCGAUGAUCCCAGGUACUCAUUUGAUGAGCCUAGGGCUUCUUGGGAUGGGUAUUUGAUUGGACGGACCUUUCCCCGUCUACCGCCUAUGGUUUCUGUGGUGGAGGAUGCUCCGGUACCAGUUCAGAGGUCCGAUAAUCAAAUUCCUGUUGAGGAGCCUAGGAAUUCUUCUGUCAAUGAGGAUGAGUCCAUUCCUGGUGGGUCUGCUCAGACUAGAGAUUACUACUCCGACUCGUCUUCCAGGCGGAGGAAGAGUCUCGAUCGGUCCAACUCCAUAAGGAAGACAGCUGCAGCGGUAGUGGCGGAUUUGGAUGAGUCGAAGUCGGUUUCAAAUGCAAAGGUGUCUCCAGCAACCAUUGAUUACUUCCAUGGACCAAAAUUGAUACCUGCUGAUAAAGAUUUGAGGGAUUCAAACUCUAAUUCUCUACGGGAUGACUGCUCAGAGACCUUUGAAAUGGCUUUUAGGGAUGCUGCUUCCGUCACCGGGAACGGUGAGCGGAAGGGCUCCAAGAAGUCCAGCCGGUGGAGCAAGGCUUGGAAUAUAUGGGGUUUUAUACACCGCAGGAGUGGCACCAAGGAUGAGGAUGACGAUAGGUUCAGCAGGGUAAAUGGGGUUGAGCGGUCCUUAUCUGAGUCCUGGCCAGAACUGCGGGGCGAGCGCAACGGAGAUGUACGAGGAGCUUUUAACAGGAAGGUCUUUCGAAGCAAUAGCAGUGUUAGCUCGAGGAAUUCGUUUACCAUGGGAGGAUCAUUCAGCAGUACAAGGAAAAGCAGCGCCGAGAGCAAUGGGCAUGGGAAAAAGAGGAGAGAUGAGUUUGUGUUGGAGCGGAAUCGGAGUGCUAGGUAUUCACCAAACAACAUCGACAAUGGCCUCUUAAGGUUUUACUUGACUCCUCUAAGGAGCAGUCGGAGAGGUGGUUCCGGGAAGACUAGACCAAGUAACUCACAUUCUAUUGCAAGGAGUGUAUUGCGGCUAUAUUGAGUUGAAGGUCAAUCAGUGAACACCUGUCCUAUAUGCAGGAGGUUCUACAGCUCAAAUUUACCCCUGUUGGUAGCAGAGUUGGAGCGAAGGGCCACUUUGGGUUUUGCACAGAAAGCUGCAUUUAUGGGAUUUUGCAGGCGGCAGAUACUGAUGAUGAUUCAUUAUUCAAAGCUAUGUUCAAGCCUGGUUAUUAGGUCUGGGUCAGCGAAGAGAGCAAUAUCAAUAUCAAUAUCGAUGGAAAGUCAAGAGCCAGCCAUUUCUGGAGAGGGCUUCAACAGCAGUAUUGUGUUAUUUUAAACUUCAACAGCUGGAAUGUGUAAUGUUAGACUCUUCCCUGCUAACAUAUGAACUCAUAGCCCAUGUUUUAGUUUGACAGAGUGAUGGAUUUGGUGAAACUGGUGGAUGCAAUGUUGCAAGUCUUUGCUUCCAUAGGAGUGCAGGCAUAUCAAGCACAAUCUGUUUCUUGAACAGAAAAAAAGAAAAGAGAAAAAAAAGACACAAGGCAGAAGGCUGAGAUCCAAGAACUUUCACAAAAAGGCUGCUGAGAACAUGGAGUACUCAUGUCCAGAGAAUUAUUAACUCAGAAGGCAUCAGUUCUUUCCGUCCUCUUCUUCCUCAUCAUUUUACUUUUAUUUAUUGUGGGUCUGUAUCCUGUAUUUGCCAUUGGUUAAUGGUUCAGAGAUGAGUUGGUUGAUUUGUCAAAAUUGAGAUAGAAUGUUUUUGGUUUUGAAUCUCUUAUUUCCUUGUAAAUCAAUAAGAAAAUUGACGAAAUCAUGCCUUAAAUAUCAAUGCUCCAAAGGGGUUUCAAAUGC